AUGCUGCAGUUACUAGGAUGGAUGCAUCGAAAGUUUCGUCAGAAUAGCGGGGAACCUGUUUUCCUAAUUGGGCAGCCAUCACUUGAUGAUCAACAAUACUAUCCAAAGGCCAAUUAUGGCACCAAACCCUUUAAGCAAGGCCAGAGAGACCAUCAGCUUCGAAAUUCUUUUGCUGGUCUAGACUCAGCUAAGGUGGAUCAAGAAGAUUACUAUGAAGAGGAAGCCUCUGCUGCAGCAUCUGAGCUCUUCCACGGCUUUCUUGCGAUUGGUACCUUUGGCUCAGACCAAGUCAUCACCGAGCCAUCAACACCAACAAUGGCCAUGUCUGUGGAGAAUAUAACUGAAAAAGAGACUGAGGCCACUGAGAAUGAACUAAAGCUCAUAAAUGAUGAGUUGGAGAAGGUGCUCAUAGCUGAAGCAAGGGAUGAAAUCAGCAAUGCUUCAUCUGGAAGGAACAGCCAUGUUAGCAACGGAAGAAGUAGUCAUGGCAGCACCAUUACACUAAGCGGUAAGAUGCUAGAAGUCCCAGAAAGCAAUGGGAUUAAUGGAACUACAGUCUGUCCACUCCAGGGUUAUCUUUUUGGCUCAGCAUAUGAGUUGUCAGAAAAAACAACAGUACCAAAGAAGGAGCAGAGGACAUCUCUUGGUGAGCUGUUUCAGAAGAGUAAAUUAAUCGAAGAGAAGGAGAAGCGAGCAGAUCAGAAAGAAGCUGAUAAGUCUUCAAUGAAAAAGAAGCUCAUUAAAAAAGUGCUUCACAUGAAUGCUUCUUCUCGGAGCUCUGCAGCAGCUAAUGAUGCUGGUUCAGCAGAAACAAAACUGAAUAAGAUCCUUCAGAUGUUCCACAGAAAAGUCCAUCCAGAAAACUCAACUGCUGGGGAAAAAUCUGGAAAGUAUCAAAAGAGGGAAAAGAAAAAGAGAAUGAGCAGUGAUGGGAUCUGCAACCAUGGACAGCAGGUCCUCCCAGAUGAUCAAGACAUCAUGUUAUACCCUGAACAAGUCUUUUCAUCAAACCAGCGCAUGCGACGCUACAAGAGCCAAUCUAACCCGCCCCAGUUUGCACUUGGUGGCCUUGAUUCAAAUGGGAACAAGGAGCAGUGGAUCAAAACUGAUGCAGACUACUUAGUCCUGGAGCUGUAA